AGAUUUCCCUUAUUUGAAGUUAUAACAACGCUGUCUUAUAAUCACGUUUCUAUAAUCCAGACCAGUAUCAUAAGAUGAUCCACAACUGCGUUGACUGGGACACCAUACCCCUACGUUUCCUGACAAUAUCAUAUGGGAACAAAAGGGUGGUCACGCGGAAGGGUCCAACAUCCAAAGUUCGCGAAUUCAAAUCCCUCCAAUCUUUUGCGCGUCGUAAAUUUUCUAUUCAAGACCGUCCAUUCUCAUCCCUGCGCUUCCGAACGACCUGCAACCUUAGCUUGUCACCGCUCUCGUAUUUCAAGGACGACUCCGCAUUCGAGGUCGAUGAAGAAGCAUGGGAGGAAGAGGGCUUGAUGGACCUUGUCUGCUGUCUGGAGGUGUACUCAGAGGAGGUUAUGCCUGGUCCGUCUUCUCGGUCCGCUGGUGUAGACGGAGAGUCGGGUCAAGAUUCGUUGCAGCCUGAAGAGGAACACGGGGAUGCUCAGGUCCAUAAGCAAGAUCGAGAUUUUGGAGAACGAGAAGAGGGAGAGGGAAAAUGCAGAUACAGUGAUGUAACAGAAGACAGGGACAAUGUCGAAGCGCAGUCAGAACAAGAACAGGAGAAAGAAGCGGAGCAGGAAGGGGAGGAGCAGGAUCUGACAGGUGAGAAAGAGCUGACAGAGGAAACCGAGCAGACAGAAGAGGAGGAGGUUGAAAGUGCUCUGCGGACUAAACAUUCUGGUCGCCGACGGCGAGUCAUCGUGUCUGAUGAUGAAGAUAGCCCAAAGGCACUUGACCAUAGCUCAAUGCUGGCUGAAGACUUACAGCAGAAACAUAUUUCUCCUGUCGUUGAUGACCCUCAGCCCUCACCACCAACUGCUAAGAGCCGAACCAGUGCUGUUCGUGCACAAGAAAUUCCGCAUGUACCUGAAUAUAUAGACGCAGAGCGACCGAUAAAGAAGGAAAAGGAAAUUCCUCUUGUGCAUCGCGUACGGGUGUCGUCAGUCGCUGGAAGCUCCCAAGGGGGCCGACUCGGAGCCCCCAUCAGAGCAGGCCGACCUAUCAAGCGAGGGCCAGUUUCCGCAGGGCGAUCAGCAUCUCGGCCCGAGGCGACUCAAGAAUCUGAACCAGCACCUGAGCUCGCACACACCAAACUCGUCAUUAGCAUCCAGCACAAACCCUCCGCACAGCACGCACAGUUCAGUACGAAGCCCCGCACACGAGUAGGUAAAGUUCUCAUCGGGGCAUGCAAGAGCUUCCGCUUGGAUGCCAAUGUAGCGCAGCUCUACUUGGUCGUAGUAACGCAAAAUGACCAGGGCUUUAAGGAGGAAGAUUAUUUCUUGUGCGACCGAGAUGAGACGGUAGAAACCGCUGUUGUGGGCGUGGAGGGGAGGGCAGAGUUCAUGAUUCGCAUGCCAGAAGAUCCCGCAAUGUAAGAUUGAUGCAGGAUGGUAUAUUUUACUACGAAAGAUGUGAAUUUACG